AACUGACUUUAUACGGCUGCAUGAUGCUGAUACUGCGCCAAGGCCCGCCGACCUCAUGCUGACUCUUCACACAACCAAACUUCUGCUGUUCACAUGCAGUCUACAGGUCCCCAGCAAGAGGCUAUAUCUCAGAGUAAUACAGCGGGCGCAGGGAGCAAUCCACCGCCCGCCCCUCGCGUAAUGCCUGUCUACCUUCCUCAUAAACCUUCCAAACCACAGCAUGAGCGGCAUACGUCAUUAGCUAUGCAAGGAGCUCAAUCAGGCAGUGACACUGAACGAGCUUCUCUGAAACACCGCAUGGAGAGAAAUCACUCGGGAGGUCCCGUACAGAGAGGUGAUGGGUAUCAAACGAAUGCCGUAAGGGAGAGACAGGGCCAAGACACCCCCCUGGGUCCGCGUGAGGAUGCCAAGUCCAAAUCAGAGUAUACCUCAACCCAGGGCACAUAUCAUGACUCGCGGCAGCCCCUGAAGCCUACAUCAAUUCACACUGUCGAUAUACCCCUUAUUACGCCAGGCUUUAACUCGUCACCUUUGCCACACGAAUCACGAGCACAUGUGGGUACCAUACCUGUUCUUGUCGCAGGAGAGGGCCCUGCCGAUCGCAAGGCUCACGAUGUACUUUACAAGUCACAAUCACCUUCACAUAAAGAUGAACUGCAUGGUGCAGGUCAUCCUCAUGCAUCAUCCCUCGCAUCCGCGGUGAAGCCGUCUAAUGGCAGAUCACAAUCUUCUGAAGUCCCCCGUAGCCGGCCGGAGCAGCCCCAACCAGAACGAUCUCGUACAGAUCCUGUAGCAGUUGAUCUGUUGCAUGGCCGCCAUCAUCGGCCCGAAGACCUCACACCUCCCCGAUACCCUCAAAUCAGUGCACCAGUGGAAAACCAGCCCUCUCAACCGCGUUCACACAAGACAUCAUUCUCCAAUCCUCCAGCUGUAUCUGGUCCAAGACCUCAACGUUCCUCUUCGGUCGCAGAUCAUCAGAAUGAGCCGAAUAGACAGACAUCACUUGGUCCGGUGACUUCCAGCCAGCCACCUGCUCACAAGACCAACUCGAGUCCACCUAAGAUUGGGUCAGGUUAUGGAUCCCUCCCUUCUGCAUGCCCAACCCCUAUGAGCUCACAGGCUCCCCUUGUAUCUGGAACCCAGGGCAAUAACGCGACAGUCAUUCAACAGUCACCACCCACACCUGCUGUCCAUUCAACAUCGAUGAACACCUCACAAACGAUGAUGAUGGCAUCACAACCUUCUCGUGCACCACGAACUUCGCUCGAUCGUCCAGAACCCCAAGUCGUCGCUCCUCGCAUGACGACCGCUCAGAUAUCCAAUGGGAGUACGGUCAAAUCAUCCUGGGUCGUACAAACCGCUCAACCGCUCAAGGACAGUUACGUGGCUAGGGAAGAGAAGCACUUAGGUUCUAAUGGCUCACAUCGUCAGCUCGAUCCGCCCGCGGUAGCUCAUCCACAACUGCGCGAAGUCCUUUCUCAAGAUCCCCCUGCAAACCGUUCAGCUCCAAGUCCGAAUUUCUCGCUGCGGUCGUCGCCUUAUGGCACGCCAAAGGAUGUGUACGCUGCCGGGACACCUCGGCGCUCUCCAGAUAGUUCACCUCGCAUGUCGAAGGACAAAGAGGUGCGUAGAUAGAGGCUAUGUUCCCUGGUUUAACUCACGCAGAACACGCAGGAGCAGUUCAAACACAAUCUCCUUCCUGCACCUCCGCAGAUUGCGGUAAUAGGAGCUACGCCAUUGUCGGAGAACCAGGAAUUGCCUCAUAAACCUCCACACAACUCUGGUUUCCUCGCACCGUCUUACUCAGCGCCUUCACGAGUAUCGAGAACUACAUCUGGGAGUCG